UCUUGCCCAAGAUCAUACAGCUAAAAAGUGGAUUUGAACCCAGGAAGUUUGAUUCUGGAGACCGGGCACUCGUCAACUAUGCUGCAGCCUCUGACUGAAAUUUUCAAAAGUAACCAAGAAAGAGAACAACUGCCAACUGGAAGAGGAGAGUUGGAAUAUAGAAUUACCACCAUGUGGGACAGUUUACCAGUGCUGCAAAGGCCUAUGACUCCCAAGUUUAGAUCUGGGGUCCAAGGCUUACUGAUGGACCUGAAUGCUCCUUUCUUUGAUGAUCCCCCAGCACCACAUCAUGAAGCAGGACAACCUUUUGAUGGACUCUGGAAGUAUGAAGGCACAGACAGCACCUGGUCUUACUGCUCUCCAGUGGUGAUGCAUUUGCAAACCAUGCUGGAUAUAGCCCUUUUUUAAAAAAAAAAAUAUUGUGGUAAGAACAAAAAUCAUGAGAUCUACUCUUUUAAAUUUUUAAGUGUUUAUUAUGUUAUUGUUGACUGUUGGUAUAAUGUGCAGCAGAUCUCUAGAGCUUAUUCAUUUUGCUAAACUGAAACUUAUGCUUACUGAUUAGUAAUUCCCCAAUUCCCAUUCCCCCAAACCCUGGAUUUUAUUCUUUGAUUCUGUGAAGCUGACUAUUUUGAAUACCUCGCAUAAAUGGAAUUUUACCGUAUUUGUCUUUCUGUGACUGGCUUGUUAUUUCACUUAGCAUAAUGUCCUCAAAAUCCAUCCAUUUUGUUAUAUAUUGCAGAAUUUACUUCUUUUUAAAAGUCUGAAUAGUAUUUCACUGUAUACAUAUACCACAUUUCCUUUAUCCAUUCGUGAUGGGGGAAUAAUCUUAAGAGAAUUUGCAAAACAUACUAAAGAUUGACUUAUCUAUUGAGUCGUCUUAGAUCAGCACUAUCCAGCAGAAGUUCCUGUGAUUUUGGAAAAUGUUCUGUAUAUGCUUUGCCCCAAGUGGUAGCCACUAGCCACAUGAAAUGUGGCUAUUGCAACUGAGAAACUGAAUUUUAACUUUUAUUUAAUUUUAAUUAA